AUGACAUGGAGGAGAAGGGAAAGAGCAUCAGCAAAUGGAGCAGAAGGUUUGAACAACAUCCCAAUCUGCACCGUGAAUGAUGACGACAUAUUUCCCAGAAUGCUGCAUAUCUCUGACCAGCUUAGCCCUUCUGAGAGGAAUGAGACCACAUUAACAAAACUCACUAACCCUCCCAGCACUGCAUCCCCAGAGAGCCUGAAAAUUCGAGGAUUUUCACCAGGCCCAGCCAAACUGCCCGCCAGGCCUCAGUCUGAGCCAUGUAGAAAAUCCAGCCAGUGCUUCAAGACUUCCAGAGACAAUCCCUUGGUGAAAACUAAGGCUGAACAUAAAGCUAAAAGGCCACUCGCAUCCACAAGGAUAUGCUCUGCGGCUGCUGUCCGGUCCUCAGACGUGAUGAGCAACAGAAUGGAUGGGAAUGAGAACACCGUGCAUAUUCCCAACUACCUGGAUCAGGAGAUAAAGAUCCUGGCAAAGCUCUGUGAAAUUUUACAUACCGACUCUCUGGCAGAGGUUCUGAACUGGCUGCUUCAAGCAAGCAACGAAGAAAAGGAGUGGGUAUCAGCUCUGGUUCAUUCUGAGCUAGCUGAGAUAAAGCUGUUGGCUCGCCACAGAACAAACACCCCAACAGAACCUGCAGCAGAGCCCAGGAAGCCCUACACCUCCGGAACACCCACAACCAAAUUGCUGCAAAACUCACGUGAGAAGUUGAAAGUGCUGGCUGGAUCUAGAGAGCAUCAGCUACACAGAAUGUCAAGUCAAGGAUCCGAAGGAAGCAAGCCAGUAUCACAAGGGGCUGAGACCCCACUGUUUAUAAGAAGAAACAAGAAGCAAAUACCCGUUACAGAAUAUUUCAAUCCAAAGUCUCCUCUCCGGUCCAACAGUGUGGCAAGCAGAUCACCAAAACCAGGGUCAGCCAGGAGUGCGCAAGGCCACAGCCCUCAAAGAGUUUUCUAUCCUUAA